AUGGAGGUUGAGCAAGGUGAGGAUUUGAUUCUUCAAAAACAUUGCAAGCAACCUGAUGUUGGUGACCAUUGCUUACAAUCAUUUUGGAGAAGGACGAGUGCAGAGAACACCAAGAUUCUUGGGAUAUGGGUUUAUUUUCAUCCUCAUAUUGAGGCCUAUGUAAUCCAUGGAGAGAAUGUUGUUCUGAUUGCUGAGCUGGCGCAGAAGGUGGAGAGAGAAGCAAGUGAGUUGAAAGGAACGAUGAGGAAGAGAAUGGAGUUUCUUGACAAUGAUUAA